AGAUUGACCUCGUUUGUGCGCCGCUUGCCCCUCUCUCUCCUCACCUACAACUCUCUGUGUCUCAACACCCGGCCAUCACCUCCGGAGACCUCCACAGGCGACAACUACUCUGUCUCCGGCUCGAUCUUCGCCUCCUUGCCUCUCUGCCGCUCACAGCCUCGUCUCCGUCUCUCCGGAAGCCCAAAAUCUGCCUUCGAUACUUUAUGUUGGUAGGCUUUUCUGGUGACUGUCUUGGCCUUGAAUAUGUAACAGGGCUUAAGUUCGUGAAAGAUAAAUCUGCCAAACUAAAGCAAGCUAGUAAAACAGAUCAUUGCGUUGGACUCAGUUUCAGGUGGGUGGCUAACCUCUACUUCCUUAUGAUAUCCAUUCUGUCAUGCACUCCAAUCAGUCCUGUGAGUCCGAUAACAAAUGUGGUUCCUUUGAGUUUGGUGCUUCUUGUUUCUCUUAUAAAAGAGGCAAUGGAAGUCUGGAAACGUUUCCAGAAUGACAUGUCAAUUAAAAUACUCAUGUAGACGUCUUUCAAGAUCAGAAAUGGAUGAGUGUUCCUUGGAAGAAACUUCAGGUUGGGGACAUUGUGAGACUUGACUACACACUUCCUCCCGCGGUCCAAUGUUAGUGGCAGUAUCGGAAAAAUAGUUUGGAGAUUGAAUCAGAAGUUAAAUUCCAAAAUUGCAUAUUUUGACUUGUUUUAAAUUUUCUACUUUAUAUUCAUGAAUGAGUUCUCUUCAAGCCUAUGAAAUUUGUAUAUGUUUUUUUUUUUUUCAUUUCACUACAGAGAUCGAUCUCUGUAGUGAAAUACAUAUUUUUUAUUUGCUAUCUCCAGUUUCUCUGUAGUGAAAUGCAUAUUUUUUAUUU